GCCCCGCCGCGCCCCGCGCCGCGUCACCGCCGCCAUAUAGAGCGGAGCGGGCGGCGCCGCGGCCCUUGUCCGGGGGCUGCCAUGUUCGCGCUCAAGCGGAACGCGGUCAUCGGCCUCAACCUCUACUGCGGCGGCAGCCCCGCGCUGGCCCCCGCUCCCGCCGCACCGGGAGGGGGCCCGGCCCCGCCGCCGCCCUCCGCGGCCCCCGCGGGGGCUUGGGCCGCCGGGCGCGCUGAGGCGCUGCUGGGCUGCGGCGCGGCCCCGCUGCCCGCCCCGGCCCCGCUGCCCGCCCCGGCGCGGCCGGUGCCGCUCUGGAGCCCCGAGGAGGAGCUGGAUGGCUGCGAGCCCGAGCCCGAGCGCGGCCCCGCGGGGGACUCGCUGCCCGCGCCGCCGCCCGACGCGCUGCGCCAGGCCUCGCUGGAGCUCAUCGGCCGCUACCUGCGGGAGGCGGCGGGCGAGGCCGAGCCCGGAGCCAAGAAGCUGUUCCCGGGGCUGCUGGGCGGGCCCGGCCGGCCCGGAGGGGCGGCGGAUGCGGUGAUGGGGAAGGCGCUGGAGACGCUGCGGAGGGUCGGCGACGGCGUCAUGGCGAAGCACGAACUCGCCUUCCAGGGAAUGCUUCGGAAGCUGGAAAUCCAGAAGGAGGAGGACCUGCAGUCGGUGCGAGAGGUGGCUGCGCACUUGUUCAGUGACGGAGUGACCAACUGGGGCCGGGUGGUGACGCUCAUCUCCUUCGGGGCCUUCGUCGCGAAGCACCUGAAGAGCAUCCAGCAGGAGAAGUGCAUCAGCUCCCUGGCAGGGAUCAUCACGGACGCGCUCGUCUCCUCCCGGCGCGAGUGGCUGCUGAGCCAGGGAGGUUGGGAGGGCUUUGUGGACUUCUUUCGAGUCGAGGACCUGGAAGGCAGCAUCAGAAACGUGCUGAUGGCGUUUGCAGGCGUGGCUGGACUGGGAGCGAGCUUGGCCUACAUGAUCCGGCUCUUCCGGACCUGCUCCAGCCCCGGGGCCCUCCUGCAAAGCUGGAGCUGGGCCCCGGCGGGUCCUGGUGGCGCCGAUAACCCGGAGCUUCCUCUUCUGCUUCCCAGAAGUGCCUCCGGCUUCUCGGAACCGCGGCUGCAAAACACACUCAGGACAACAGCCAGACGUGGGGGGUGAACGGGGAGACCGGAGCCCUGGUGGACAUGAAGGAGCUGGGGGUCUGGGAGCCGCUGGCGGUCAAGCUGCAGACCUACAAGACAGCGGUGGAGACGGCCGUUCUCCUGCUCCGCAUCGAUGACAUCGUGUCGGGGCA